GUCUAAAAGGAAAAAAGAAGUGUUCUUUUCCACGUUGAACGAUUGUUGCUUGGAAACUGUUGUGUCCUUCACGUUCAACAGAAAACCAGUACACUUAAUCUUCAACUUUUUCUAUUUCUCUUUCUAGCUUUAAUGGCAGCUCCUAACUCAUCAACAACACAGACCCCUCUUAUACAAACAGAGACGCCACCCCUACAACAAGAAGAUGUGGAAGUAAACGACACCCAACUCUCCAAAUCUCUGGAUCGUUUAGAGACCUUUCUCAGAAUCUUUGGAUUUUGCCAGUACUCUUUUUUACGCUUUAGUCUUUCGUGGUUUUGUUUUCUUCUUCUGUGUGUUGCUCUUCCCCUUUUCAUAAUCCAAUUAUCUUACUGUUCAAACUGUGAAAAGUAUGAGGUUAAAAACUUUGAGCUUGAGAUUCUCAUCUCCCAGUCUCUUGUUGCUGCCAUUUCUCUUCUCUGUGUUUCUCACAAUCUCCGCAAGUAUGGUGUCCGUAAGUUUCUCUUCGUGGACGGCCAACACGGUCACCUCGCCGAGUUUCGUCGAGAGUAUAUACAGAAGAUUCAUGGUUUCUUCAAAUUGUUGGGCGUUUGGAUUUUACCUUGUUUUCUUUUGAAGGCUGCCCGUGAGGUUAUACAUAUUGUCUAUGCGCAUCAAUCGUGGUGGCAAUCUGUUGGUAUAGUAGUUGCCUUGCUUGUAUCAUGGACUUACUCGACCAUUAUCUAUCUAUCUGGCAGUCUCCUGUUCCAUUUGGUGUGCAAUUUGCAAGUGAUUCACUUUGAAAAUUAUGGCAAACUUUUAGAAAGAGAUCUUGACGUUUCAGUGUAUAUCGAGGAACAUGUAAGGUUAAAGCAUCAUUUAUCUAAGAUAAGCCACAGGUUUCGAAUAUAUCUGCUUCUUGAGUUCUUGGUUGUGACAGCAACUCAAUUUAUGUCGCUACUGGAAACCACAGGGAACUAUGGGAUCAUCAAUUUCAUUAAUGGCGGUGAUUUUGCAGUCGCCUGUAUUGUUGAGCUUGUUGGGAUGGUAAUUUGCCUUCAUGCAGCUGCUAAGAUCUCACAUAGAGCGCAGGGUCUUGGAUCAGUUGCUAGCAGAUGGCAUGCUUCAAUCACAUGCAGCUCUAACGGUGCCUCUCAAUUGGGAAUCAAUAGUAAUGUUGGAAGCUUGGAGGCUGCAAAUCCUUCAUCCUCAAUACCUAUUAGCUACUCUGAAAGUGAUUUGGAGUCGGGUGACUAUGUGCCAAUGGCCACAAAUACUCAGUUGGCAUCUUAUAUGACCAUGUAUCACAAGAGACAGGCCUUUGUUACAUAUUUGCAAUCUAAUUCAGGUGGAGCCACUAUCUUCGGAUGGACUAUUGAUCGAGCUCUUAUCAAUACAAUUUUCUUCAUUGAACUCACUGUGGUUCUUUUUGUGCUUGGGAAGACCAUUACUUUCACUACAAAAUGACAUUCAUAGCAAGAUCUCUUUGGCAACUCACGUUUCUAUCCACCGAGUUUUUUGGUUACGGUUAUGGGUGGAAAUGGCGUCUGCUUAACUGAUAUUAUUACUUGAGAGGACACUUCAUUUGCUUCAGAUAAUGAGUAGCCAUGUAUAACAUCAUUUGGUACUUAUAAAUGACUAAUACAAAGCCUGUACCAAUAUAAAGACUAAUACAGAGCGUCUGCACCAAUAUAAAGUAUAAUGACGAA